AUGACCGACACAGCACCGGUAUUGAAAAUUCCAGACACACAGCUUAAAAGAUAUGACAGCCUCACCAAGACGUUCAUUGACAGAUUUGGUCAUCCUCCCAAAUUUUUUGGCCGAGCUCCAGGCCGCGUCAAUAUCAUAGGUGAACAUGUGGACUACAGUGAUUAUGGAGUGUUACCGAUGGCGAUCGAACAAGAUGUCGUCAUUGUAGUCUCACACGAUCAGACGUUCAACAAAAUCGUCGUUACCAACACAGACCCAGCUUUCAGUGACUUCGAGUGUGAUAAAAGUGAAAUAAAAAUAAACAAAAAACAUCCGGAAUGGUACAACUAUUUUCUAUGUGGUGUAAUGGGUAUCUGCCGUCAUCAGGGGUUUCCAAGUGAACUGCUACACGGCAUGUGCUGUAUGGUAUCUGGCUCGGUGCCAACGAGUGCAGGCUUGUCGAGCUCUAGUGCUCUGGUAUGCUGUUCUGCUCUCGUCACUAUGUAUGCAAACCAGCUGUCCAUUCCAAAGGGGACUCUGGUCGACUUGAGUGCUGAUUGUGAAAACUUCUUGGCGACGUCAACAGAAGGAGGGAAUAUGGACCAAGCCAUAGCCUUUAUGGCUGAGGAGGGAUUGGCCCAGUUGAUUGAGUUCUCGCCAUUGCGCAUUACACCAGUAGAGCUUCCACCGGAAGUUGUCUUCGUAAUCACACAUAGUUGUACUGAAAUUCACAAGGGAACAACGGCCUGUUUCAACAUCCGCGUGGUGGAAUGUCGCCUUGCUGCACAGGUUAUUGCCAAGAAAAAAGGUUUAGAUUGGCGUCACGUGACAACUCUGCGAGAUGUACAAGAGAAACUUGACCUUGCCCUCAAGGAUAUAUUACUCGUUGCCAAGGAAAUGCUUCAUACAGAGGCUUACACAAAGCUUGAAAUUUGCGAGGUAUUAGGAGUGACAGAGGAUGAGCUAUCCACAACUUCCUUGAUAGCCUUUACUGAAAAUGAGACCGUCUUUCAACUACACGACCGGGCAGUACACGUGUACAGUGAGACAGAGAGGGUCUACCAGUUCCAGCGUAUCUGUGAAAGUAAAGACCCUAAUUGUCUACAACAGAUGGGCGAUUUAAUGUCAGCGAGUCACUGGAGUUGUGACCAUUUAUUUGACUGCAGCAGUGAAGAGCUCAACACUCUUGUCCAAACAUGCAUGCACGCCGGUGCCCUGGGAUCACGCUUGACUGGAGCUGGUUGGGGAGGAUGCGUUGUUUCAAUGGUGCCAUCCAGUCAAGUUCAAAAGUUUCUCCAGCAGGUCAAGGACAGAUUUUAUGCAAAUGAGCCAUCAAGAUCUGGCAGAACGGAUUCUUCCAUCUUUAUUACCAAGCCUAGUGGAGGAGCGGCUAUUUAUAAAAUUUGACCAACAAACAUUGACAACUGACCACAAAAAAGUUUUUGAAAAAUAUUGCUAAAAAUGCACCUACUGACACAGAAAAUGAAUUCACAGUA